AAUAUUUAAACACAUAUGGUGGGGGUUGAGCUAUGAAAAAAGAAAUUGGAUUUGCAAAAAAAAAGCUUUUAUUAUUUCAAGCCUUUCAGAUGUAGAAAGAUGGGGGGGGGCAAAAAAGACAAUUUUUUAUAAGGAACGAUUGAAUGCAGUUUGAGUGUUUGACAUGUUUCCCUGCACUUUGUACAACAGUUAAAAUGGGGUCCAAAGUCCAAUGGCUGCAGGAGCGGAUGGAUAAAUGUGAACCCAGGAAAAUGUGCCCAGUUCGAAUGUAAACAGAGGAACCGAGGCCACGCUGGUGAUGACCAAAGCGGGUCACUUUCUGGUUUAGAAAGUAAUGGUUUUGGUGACUUACUUGUUUUUGGAAGAGCUUGCAAUUUAACUGAACAUGUGGAAAGAGUUCCAUAACAUCAAGGGACAUCUUAUGGCGAGGGGUAAAUAAAUUGGAACUAAAGAGGGGGAAGAGAGUGGAUUGUUACAAGUUUAGGCUGAGUGGGUUUUUUUUGGGGGGGUAGGUGUUGGUGGGAGAUGGUGACCAAAUUGACAGCCUUGCAGCAGGAGCUGGUCAAUGCAUUGGUUGGCUCUGGGCUCACCAGAGAGACCCUGGUCGAAGCUCUUCAGGAACUGGAGCCUUAUCCAGCUGGCCAGAGCGAGGAGGCUCAGGGCUCAGCGCUCAGCAUCCUCCCCAGCGAUGCCUCCAAACCCGAAUCCCUGCCGGCCUUACUGAACGGCCACAGCAACCCCGACAAACUCUCCGGGGACGAGAGCUCAGAGGACGGCGAUGAUGACUACGACACUCCGGCCAUCCUGAAGGAACCGCUCAAUCUCAGCCCCGAGGAAGCCGCUCAGCAGAAGGCGAUCGUGGAACAGUUUCUCCAGGAGGACCCAUGGAGGGCAGCAAAGAUGAUCAAGUGCUACAUGCAACAGCACAAUAUCCCCCAGCGAGAAGUGGUGGACACAACUGGCUUAAACCAGUCUCACUUAUCGCAACAUCUGAAUAAGGGAACGCCAAUGAAAAACCAGAAGAGGGCUGCUCUCUACACCUGGUAUGUCCGGAAACAGAGAGAGAUCGCCCAGCAGUUCAGCCAACCAACCCAAAAGGCAGGCCAGAAUGUGGCAGAGAGCAGGCAGCAGCUGUUUCUCUUUGCAGAGUACAGCAAUGCAGCUCAGGGAACUCCGGGGGAAGAACCUGUUGAAGAGCCAACCAGCAAGAAGAUGCGGAGGAACCGAUUCAAGUGGGGGCCCGCCUCGCAGCAGAUUUUAUUUCAGGCUUAUGAGAGGCAGAAGAACCCAAGCAAGGAAGAACGGGAAGCAUUGGUUGAAGAGUGCAACAGAGCAGAAUGUAUACAGCGAGGCGUUUCCCCAUCACAAGCCCAUGGCCUGGGCUCUAACCUUGUGACCGAGGUGCGGGUAUACAACUGGUUUGCGAACCGUAGGAAAGAAGAGGCUUUUCGUCACAAGUUAGCAAUGGAUGCGUAUGGCACUCAGCAACCCCACACAGUAACCCCAGUGACACCCCAUAGUAACUCGCCCAUGCAACCAAGUGCCUUGUCGCCCAGUAAAUUGCAAGGUAUAAGAUACGGGCAGCAAGCUUCCAAUGAUGUUGUGCCGACAUCUGUGAGUCAUCAGGGUAACAGCACCAUGGUGACAACUCACACUGUACUGCAGCCUGUUUCUCCUCCAGGUCUGGAGCCAAGCCAUAGCUUGUUAACGACUGAUACCAAACUGAUAGCUGCAUCAGGAGGAACCCUUCCCCCGGUCAGUACACUGACUGCGCUUCACAGUUUACCCCACAACCCACACGCUGUAGCUCAGCAGACCCAGAACCUCAUCAUGGCUUCCUUACCAAGCGUCAUGGCCAUUGCACCGAGUGAGUCAACCUGCCUGUCACCCGCACUCACCAAUGGGGGAGCUUCUGCUUUGGUCAUCGGCCUUGCUACGACUCAAGCUCAAAACGUUCCGGUCAUCAACAGCGUGGGAGGGAGCCUGACGACCCUUCAGCCCGUACAGUUUCCACAGCAACUGCAUGCCCACCACCAGCAGCCAAUCAUGCAUCAGGUCCAGGGUCACAUGGCUCAGAGUUCAUUCAUGGCUACAAUGGCCCAGCUUCAAAACCCACACGCUGUAUACAGCCACAAGCCAGAACUCCCACAGUACCACACCAGUCUCUUCCCCCAGACUAUGGUCUUCACGGAUGCCAGCAAUCUCAGCAGCCUCACCAGUCUCCCCAUGGCGAAGCAGGUUCUUACACUAAAUUCGGAAAGCCAGUCAGAAAACCAGAUCAAUACAUCAGCGCAGCAAGUCCCCUUACAGAAUCUGGAAGGUUCCAUUCAACAUAUCCAUCGGAUCUCUGCAAGUCCAGCCAUCACCACAGUUUCCUCAGGUAGUCUGGUCAUGUAUCAAAACACACAGCCAGCGGAUGGCCACAGCCACCUCCUGUCACCGAGUCAAAGCAGCAUUGAGACCUUCAUCUCGCCGCAGAUGUCCUCCACUGCACCGUAAUCUUGCCAACCAAAGCAGAAUACCUUGUAACAUGCUUUAGAUCUGGAUCUAGCCACUGGGGAGAAAGAAAGCAACAGGGGUUAACUGUACUUGCGGCAGUUGGUUUUUAAUAAAAGCCAUGAACAUUUUAUAAAAGAGGUACUUAUUUGCAUAUUUUUAACAGUAGAAUUACUUUAUUUUGAGAGAUAUUGAUGUGCAAUAUGUUUAAUGAAAAUCCUCAAAUCAUGUGUCAAAUCCAAGUGUUGCUUAAGGUGGAAGGGAUUGGGAGCUCCAUGGUUGGAGAAUUACAGGUGAAACACUUAUAAUUGUGCCUGGCCUUCCCCAGAUAUUCCCAAUAAUGUGAUACUCUAAAUAUAUUUGGCGGCAUCAAUUUUAAAUCUGCAUAUUGUGCUGUUAUUUUAUCCAUGUGAAUUAAAUCAAUAUGAUAAAAUUGAAGCUCUGAUUUUGAAAUAUCUUUUCCUGACUUAAUAAAAAUGUAUUUACUUUUUUCUCCCCUUACCCUGCUGAUUGUAAAAAUUGAAUUGAAAUAUUUAACUAACAAAUUGUGAAAUGUCACUGCAACUCACUUUGUAAACUCUGUCUUUUCACUCAAAAUUUACACACUAACAGUAUUAAAGUUCAUUCAGUUUGUAUUAUUGCCGAAAGCUGUGGAUGUCUUUUUCUUCAAUUGUACCUCCUGUUGUGAAAUAUAUGUGUUAUAGAUUAGAUUCCCUACAGUAUAGAAAAAGGUCAUUUCGCCGAACAAGUCCACAACAACCCUCUGAAUUUUAC